UUACCCUCUCACACGCACAAAAUCCUCUGUCAUGGCGUCUUCCAACAAUGUUACUCCCACCAACUGUAGCUGGUGGCCCAUAUCAGCCAUGGACGAAGAUGGCAAGAUCGCAGACGGAGAGGAGAGCAACGAGUCGACGAUAGAACAUAAGCCAUACUCAAAAGACAGGCUCGUUCUGUACCACUGGACUCAGUCCUUCAGCUCUCAAAAGGUGCGUCUGGUGAUCAAUGAGAAAGGUCUUCUGUGUGAUGAGCGAGAUGUUAGUAUGCCACUCACAGAGCACAAGGAGCCUUGGUUCAUGAGGCUCAAUUUAGGGGAGGAGGUGCCGGUUUUCAUCCACGGAGACACUAUUGUCAGUGACUACAAUCAAAUAAUUGACUACAUAGAGACCAACUUUGUAGGAGACACAGUACCUCAGCUGAUCGCGGAUGAGGGCACUCCCAUGUAUGCAAGGAUAAAGCAGUACCGUGAACUGCUAGAUGGGCUGCCCAUGGAUGCUUACACACACGGAUGCAUCCUUCAUCCCGAACUGACAACCGACUCCAUGAUCCCAAAGUAUGCCACAGCUGAAAUACGAAGGCAUUUGGCCAAUGCUGCUUCUGAACUGAUGAAACUCGACCAUGAAGAACCACAGCUGACAGAACCAUACCUCUCCAAGCAGAAAAAACUCAUGGCAAAGAUCUUGGACCAUGACAAUGUAAACUACCUGAAGAAAAUCCUUGGUGAGUUGGCCAUGGUACUAGACCAAGUAGAAGCAGAGCUGGAGAAAAGAAAGUUGGAAUAUCAAGAUGAAAAGUGUGAAUUAUGGCUUUGUGGACCUACUUUUACUCUAGCUGAUGUUUAUCUCGGAGCCACAUUGCACAGGCUCAAGUUCUUGGGACUCUCAAAGAAAUACUGGGAAGACGGGAGCCGACCGAACAUCCUGUCGUUUUUUGAACGUGUGCAGAAGCGCUACGCUUUCCGCAAGGUAUUGGGGGACGUCCACAUGACCCUGCUCUCUGCGGUUUUACCCAAUGCCUUUCGAAUGGUAAAAAAGAAGCCUCCGUCAUUCUUUGGCGCCUCUUUCCUAAUGGGCUCUCUCGGGGGAAUGGGCUAUUUCGCCUACUGGUUUUUAAAAAAGAAAUACAUGUAGUGAAUGUGCUCUUGUAGUAUUAUGUGUCUGUGUAUCUGUGUGAUGUUUGGAGUUUUUGGUAACACUGUUUUAAGAGAGCAGGAGAACAAGGAAGCGUACAGAGAUAAACACUAUAAUGUACUUGGGUCAAUAAUACAAAUAAUAUAUAAUAACAUUCCAAGAUUAGGAAUUCUACUUAACAGCACCUUCUCUGGUCAUGGCUUUAUAUGAUUGAUUUAUAAUGUUUUUUUGCCAUAUAGAACACCGGUCGAUCGAUUUUGUGGUACAGCACAAUGGCCAAAAUUUAGGUAUAUUAUACGUACAUUAAAAGCCUAAAAAGAAUGUUUAUUUUUAAUAGUUUCAAUUUCGAUGCAUUCGUCUUUUCACCUUUCUGCCAUCGAAGGCUUUCAUCCAAACAUUUUUGAUACGCAAAGGGUUUAAGAAACUCACACAGAGUCUAGAAUCCAACACAGGUUUUAAAAACACUUCACAUUCGUGGUUUUUAUGUUUUUGAUAUGUCAAACUUCCUCAAGACUGCCAAUCUGAGCUUUUAUUGCACUGUUUUUGUUUCCCCAGAAUUCUGUGAAAUUGUAUGUUUUUAUUUUUUAAUACCACAAGCAAAGUGUACUGAGCCACACGUUGUACUUUCUUCGAGAAGUUCCAGUACUGAGUGUAAAAGAUGAAAUCAAAUACACCUCAAAUUCAAUAAAAACUAUAGAAGGUCCAUAUUAUGAAGCAAAUGUCUGUCAACACUAGUAAAUCUAUUUUGUUUCGAGCAUGCCACAAUAGAAUUGAAGUUAUUUUUUGCAGGGGGCGUUUCGGGGCUUUUCCAACUCUGCUCAGAGGGAAAACAAGGGUUUAUCUUAUUUUGACUCACAAAAUACUGUGAGAAACCAUUCAAUGUUUGUCCGUAGAAUAUAACUAAACAAUUAUAUAUAAACGUUCUACCACCUCACAUACAAGCCAUAUACAGCUUAAUAGAUGUAUUAAUGCUAUACUGAAAACUCAUACUUCUGUUCAUGUCAUCAUUUACAACAACUACAACAAAUAUACAAUCAAAUGUCUGAGGUGCAUAUUUCAAUACAUCUCGU